CAGCCAAUAACUGCGCCGUAGUCGCCUGUAACGCUCCUGCAGCUCCUCAGCCGCGUAGCCCUCGCUUCAGCCGGUUCUCAGCAGCCCUCCAAGCGCCCGCUUUGCCCCCGAGCCCAGGCGGUUACACCAAGCGCCCCCGCACCUCCCCCCUCACCGCCGGGCCAGGGCGGACGCACGGCAGGAACCUCGCCAGACUCCCGCCCCCGGGGCAUCAGGCAGCGGCGCGCAUCCCGCUGAUUGGGGCGGGUCUGCGCAGCGCCGUGACAUCAGCGACCAAGGAGGUGCCAUAAGGGGCAGCGGCGGCGGGCGGCGCCUCAGACAGCUCCGGUGGUGGGAGAGGUGUGCGGUGCUGUUGGGCAGGUGCUGGCGCUAGCGGUGCUGCGCGGCCUGAGCGUCUCGCCAUGACCCGUGGGAACCAGCGUGAACUUGCCCGUCAAAAGAACCUGAAGAAAACUCAGGAGAUCCACAAAGGAAAAAGGAAAGAAGAUAGCUUGUCUGCUUCUCAGAGGAAACAGAGGGACUCUGAAAUCAUGCAGCAAAAGCAAAAAGCAGCUAAUGAAAGGAAGUCUCUGCAGGCAGGAGCAAAAUGAGCUGCCGCUAUGGAGAAUAUAGAGUGCACCAGUGAAGCAGGACCUAGAAGAUCAUUCAUAAAAGUGUCCGGCCAUUAAGUGAUUAAACUUUUAUUGUGCAGAGUUGUUCAACUAGCAUUAGUUAGAGUAUUUUCUGGUUACUAUAGGCCUAGUUGUCUACAGUGCUCUUUCAAAACUGACUACACUCUUCUGCAUGUGUAUGAAUAAAAGUACCAAGCAAUAGCUUCAUUCUAGCUUUUGCUGCAUUUGUUAGUUUUACGUAGUGGUUCCAGUAACAGAAUUUCUGAAUCUACAGUUAGACCAGAUUUGGUUGCCCAAAUUCUUGAAAGUACAGCUUCAUUCAGAAUGGAACACACUUGUAAAAUGUGCUUAACCUUGCAGAGGUCUGAACUGUAAAUCUCAAAGUAUUUUUACAAUAAAAUGUUGCAUGAAAUACUGUCUAAUCUGAAA